AUGCUCAUCGCCGUUGCCUCCGUAUGGCCGUUUCGGAUUCAGUGUUGUUCUGUCUCUACGCACAGUUCGCCCGCGAGCCCUCCCGUCCUCCCGCCCCCGACAGCCACAGUGGUCAUGGUGGCCCUGGCGGCGGCCGACCUCGUGCUGGACGCGGAGGCCUCGCACGCGGAGGACCAGCGUGCUGCGCUCCUGCGGCCGGAGGCCCUGGCGCGGCAGCGCCGCUCCGCCUGGAGACUGGCCGCGGCGGUCGCGGUAGCGGCGCUGGUGGCCCUGGGCGCGGCGGCGUCGCCGUUCGCGUCCGCCGCUGGGCGCGGCGCCCAGGGGUGCGCGGGCGGCUCCUGCAGAAGCCCCUCGAGCAGCCUCGACGCGACCUUGAUGCUGAAAGGGAGGAGUGCCGCGAAGAAGCCCCGCGUGCCGCCAAAGCUGGCGUCCGGCGACGACGCCGACGUGAAGGUCCUCGACGUUGGUGGGGAGACGACGACCGCCGCCGCCGGCGAGGAGACGACCGCCGCCGCGGGCGGGGAGGAGACGACGGCUGCCCUCGCGGGCGACGGCGGGGACGAGGUGGCGAAAGGCGGCGCCAGCACCACGGCGGCGGGCACGAGCACCACAGCGGCGGGCGCCAGCAGCACGGCGGUGGGCGCCAGCACCACGACGGACGCCUAG